UGGGAUAUACCUCGCGUGUAUGCUGCACUUCUCAUUAAAAUCAUGUUGCUCUAAUAUAGUUUACCAAGUAUCGCUCUGGAGCCUUCUAGAAUUGUUAGGAGUUAUCUAACUGGGUAGAAAUGUCACAAAUUGUCUUUGUAGUGGUCGACAAUUGCAGGGCGCGACUAUCCAUGUAUCUCAAGAUUUUAGCAGGGGGUCGAAUUGAAUGUCGAGAAACCGGAGAAAAGAGGCAGUAUCGAGUCACCGAAAACCCGAAGAUCGGACGACUAAAACUGCACUAAUGAAUUCCUGUUGGUUUAAUCCAUAUAAGAAAUGUUUCCCCGAGCGAAAUCCGGACCCAAAUUCAUUCAUUCUUCAUUCGUCAAUAGCAUCAUCCCCCGCUGAUAAAAAUGACCACAAAAGUGCCGUCCGUCGUCGCGGCGUCGGAAUUACCCGCAAAAUCGGGUUAUGAGGUGGUUAUUGGCGAUGCGCUAGUAUCCGACGCCCCGGCGAUAGCCUUGAUCGGAACCAAAACCUUUACCACAAGCUUCGGCUUCGCGGUCCCACCCGAUGACUUAGCUGUGUUUUUAGCGGAGACGUAUUCGGCGAAAGCCGUUGAGGCGGACCUUUCAACUUCGCACGAAACCAAGAUCAACACAUUUGUGGCCCGCGACGAGACGGGCAAGGUCCUUGGCUUCGUACAACUCGUCGGUGGGCAUACGGACCCGAGUAUUGAGGGUGACCCUUCGACGCACGCCGAGCUACGGAGACUUUAUGUGGAUACUUCGGCCCAUGGUAGGGGUAUCGGGAGUAAGCUCAUCGCGGCUGUCGAAGCUAAAGCCAGAGCCGAUGGUGUUAAGACGUUAUGGUUGACAGUCUGGGAAAAUGCCGCUGAUGCGCAACGACUUUACUACAAAUUGGGUUAUAAAAAGGUGGGAGAGGCUGGAUUUUUCCUUGGAGGGUGCACUCACAAUGAUCACGUACUCGCGAAACCUCUUUGAUUAGAUGUCUCCGGCUAGGUCUGAUAUUGAAGUGUUGAAUUUAUGUUGAUAGAAGUAGGGGUUUCUAGAAUCUAGAAGGAGGCGGUAA